AUACGUGAGUCCAAGAUGGCGGCGAUGGCGGGAAGAUGUGUCAUAUUGAGAAGUCUCAAGARUCAAGUUUUAAGGCUUCAAGGACCWCGCGUUUGUUCUUUAAGGAGGAUAACCAGUGAAAAUAAKARUAAUGGAUCCCCAGGWSAUAGUUUUGACAUCAAACUUUUGGAUAUUUUGGUGUGUCCCUUGUCCAAGAAGCCUCUGAGGUAUGAUCCAACAUCAAAUGAGCUAGUAUGUGAUGACCUGGGAAUAGCAUACYCAAUAUCAAACGGUAUACCAAACCUUGUACCAAGUGAUGGUCGUAUCUUGGAUGGAAAAAAGAACCAUCCUGAAGAGCCAAAGAGUGGUUCAUAGUCACAACGGUAAUUAUUAAUGCAGUAAAAGCAAGUUAAUACGGACACUCAAGUAAAGAAAGUAUCUGUAUUAAUGUGCGACUACUAUAACUGGAACAACCUACUGUAUAGACAGCGAGAACCAAUCAAAUUGUAGAAUAAAGACAAUACAUUCCAACUAUGGGUACUGAAGCCAAUCAGUUAAUAUGGAUAACAUUUUAGUAUAUGGUACCUUGAUGAAAUGUGUGUGUUUACAGUCGGGAUGCUAUAACCGGGGCCACCUAGACAUGGAGAGCCUGAACCAAUCAAAUUGUAUUAAAUGAAAACAAUGUAUAUUCCAACUUUGGGUAGUGGAGCCAAUCAAUAAACCAGCAGAAAACAAUAGCCUUUCAACAUAUCAUUUUAUUUCCAUGAGAAUUUAUUCUACAAUUUGAUUGGUUCUUGCUAUGUAGGUGGCCCUGUUUUGAGUAGUGUCACUGUAAUUGGGUGUCCAUUAAGCAGGGUUUGACYGUAAAUACAGUAUUACAUGUUCUGUAGCUUGAUUGUUAAGCUAAAACAAGCUAAAAACGUUUAUUCCAUUAUUGCUUGAUAUUAACAAGAACGUUGAAAUCACAUACAUGUAAACCAGCCUUCAGUGAAGUGCACACACUGUGCUUCAUUGCUGAAUCAUCCAUAUAUAUGUGUCRCUUUAUUACUUGUCAUUCAGCUAGUAAGAAUUCUAGGGAAGCACAGGUGGGCUCUCUUGUUUUUCCUCUCUCCAUAAAAAUUAACUUCUAAAUUCCAAUUGGAAUCCAUUGAAAGAAGAGUCACUCUGUGGAAUGUUAAUUAGAUUUCUCUUGUAAUGAACAAGGAGCUUGCGAAUUGGAAUGGAGGAAUAUAUUCCUAUGUGAGAGAGAGGCCUGGGUCUAUAAAUUAAUGAGUUGUAUAUAAGCAGUGUCAAGAGAUUAUGUAAUCAGCGUUGUCCAAGCUCAGUUAUGAUUACAUACUAUUAAUAGUUUUCAUACAAUUGCACAUGUUCAAUACCACUGUAGUCAAGUCUACUCUAUGAUUAAAGGUGUGGAUUUUGGAGCCUGGACMCAUAUAGGCAAUUAAA